UCCGGUUCUACGCAGCAGAGAAAGAGUUUGCGAUCGGCGGCCAUGUCGGGGCGGGGUAAGGGAGGAAAGGGGUUGGGGAAAGGCGGCGCGAAGCGGCACCGCAAGGUCCUCCGCGACAACAUCCAGGGGAUCACCAAGCCCGCCAUCCGUCGCCUGGCGAGGAGGGGCGGCGUCAAGCGUAUCUCCGGUCUCAUCUACGAGGAGACCCGCGGCGUGCUCAAGAUCUUCCUCGAGAACGUCAUCCGCGACGCAGUCACCUACACCGAGCACGCCCGCCGCAAGACGGUCACCGCCAUGGACGUCGUCUAUGCCCUCAAGCGCCAGGGCCGCACCCUCUACGGCUUCGGCGGCUAGACGGAGCCGUCUUUUCGCGUACGGGGUUUGGUGAAGUGCUUGCCUACUUGGAUGAGUUAGGGCUUUAUUUGUAACCUACAUGUUCCUUGUUAGCAUGGAAGUCGUUAGAUGCUGCUCCUUUUAGACAUCUCUUGCUGUUCAUACUUUGUCGUCUUGUCUUCUUCGUUCGAUGAAACACUUAUUCGGAUCUCAUGCUGAAGCAUAUUUGUUUGAUUGUGGGCUAUGCUAUGAUUGUGUCUGUUCUUCUAGCUUCGAGAAUAAUGCGAUUAUAGGUACAUAAUUAACGCUAUCAACAUGAAGAUUAUUAU